AACUGGCACGCUUCCAGAUGCGGUACGUGCGAUGGAGACCGUCCGCCUCCCUCCUUAUAAAUGUCCUCAGUUUCCCUCGUCUUGGUUUACAGUCAGAUCAGAGACUUGAGGACGGAGCACAGCCUUGGGAGCUAAUAUAUUUAGAAGCGGAGAAGAGAAAAGGAGAGAGGGAGAAGAAAUUGAGCAGAGACCCGAUCGAUCGAGUUACGGAAGGAUGACGAAGGUGCACCCGAACGCAACAGAGGAGGCCAUAACACAGGGAGGAGUUUCCUCCUGCGUCCGCACCGAAUCGACGACGUUGACGGUGUGGAAGAAGUCGCUGCUCUUCAACUGCAACGGCUUCACGGUCUUCGACUCCAAGGGCAACCUUCUCUUCCGAGUGGACAAUUACGCCUCCGACCACAAGGGCGAGUUGUUGCUUAUGGACGCAUCCGGUCACCCGCUCCUCACCCUCCGCCGAAAGCGGCUGAGCCUGGGGGAACAGUGGCAGGUGUUCGAAGGGGAGUUGGCAUCAGCAGGAGGGUCUCCGACGAGGCCCCCCAAGUUCACGGUGAGGAAGCAAGGGGCUCUGCGGGGCUCGAGGGUCAUCGCCCACGUUUUCUCUCGGUCCUCCAAAUCGGCACUCUACGAGAUCCAAGGGUCCUACUCCAAGCGGUGCUGUGCGGUGUACGACGACAAAAGGAGGAAGAUGGCGGAGAUCAAACGGAAGGAGGCUGCGGCCGGUGGCGUAGCCUUCGGCUCUGACGUCUUUCGGUUGAUCGUUCUGCCGGAGAUGGAUAUGGCUGACGCCAUGGCGUUGGUGUUGCUGCUCGACCAGAUGUUCUCCUCUAGAUGGUCUUCCUACAACGCCUGAUCUUGCUGUUGAGAGUAAUGACACCGCGACUCAUACGAAGAUCAGGAAGAAGAAGAUCAAGAAUAUGAUGAUGGCAAAUGAAAGGGGAAGGAGAUGGCCGGCCGGAGUUGGUGAUCAUGACGAAGACGACCGUGAGGGUAGCCCAUGCCAUGAGACCAAGUGUUAAUCAUGAUAAAUGAGAGGAGUCGAUGUGGCCUUGUGGUGGGAGAAGGAAGGGCUCCGGUCGUUUUCUAAAACCUGUUCAGGCAUCAUCCUUUGCUCAUGGAAAGAGGGAGAAUCUGGAGGCGUCCUGUUUCACUUUUUCUGUUUCUCCCCUUCUUCGUCUUGAUGUUAGGAUGCAGCACGUAAGGUCUUGUCAUGGGGCUGAUGUUUUUGUAGAGCACCCAAGGGGCUCCCUGCUCAAUUUUGGUUGGGGGCCUUUUUUAUAUUCCGACCUUCUCCGCGUCUUGCGGAAAAUUUGGUUGCAGACUCAUAGAAUUCUUUUGAAAGCUGACAGUACUAAAAAUAAAUCAAUGGAUCCAUGUUUCUAGC